AUGGCAAAUAACUACCGUUUUCAUAAUUAUCAGACAAUCAAUCGUCAACUUGAUGAACGCUAUCAACGUUUACUCAAACUCAAUCGCACUCCCUUUCUCCUUACGCAUGCACCAAUGGGAGGAGGUCCGUCAUCGUCCAGUGGUUCAUCAUCGUCUUCAUCAGGCGGUAUACCGAGUGAAUGUUAUAAACAAGCUCGUGAAGAAUUCGAUAAUCGAUAUUUAUCACCAGCUAUAUUUCAACUAGUCUAUCGUGAUUUUCAAGUAAUUCGACCACUUGGACGUGGUGCCUUUGGUUCUGUUAAAGAAGUUAAAUGUAUACGUGAUCCAUUACCAGAUUAUCUUCAACGAACGACUCCUAAUGAUACAGCAGGAAUAUCUUAUCGCGUUGCCCUUAAAAUUAUUAAUAAAAAAAGUGCGCAUAAAAUGAAACAAGAAGAACAUGUUGUUAAUGAAAAACGAAUAUUACAAGCACUAAAUUUUCCAUUUAUAAUACGUUUUUAUUUUUCGUUCAAAGACAAUGCCAAUCUUUAUAUUGGUCUUGAAUUAAUUGAAGGUGGAGAAUUAUUUCGACAUUUACGUGAUUCAGAACGAUUUGAUGAAAAAAAAGCCAAAUUUUAUGCAUCUCAAAUUAUUCUCGCUCUUGAAUACCUACAUUUAUUGGGUAUUGUUUAUCGUGAUCUCAAACCGGAAAACUUGCUCAUCGAUCGUUAUGGCUAUAUAAAAAUGUGUGAUUUUGGUUUUGCUAAAAAAAUUGAUCGCGGUAAAGCAUAUACAUUAUGUGGCACACCUGAAUUUCUUGCACCUGAAAUUAUUCUUGGUCGUGGUUAUAAUAUGGGAGUUGACUACUGGGCAUUAGGUGUUUUGAUAUUUGAAAUGAAUGCUGGUUAUUCUCCAUUCUGGGAUUCCGAUCAGCAAAAAAUAUAUCAUAAAAUUAUCAAUGCGAAAUUUCGACCUCGUUCAUCGUUCACAGACCAUUUAAUUGAUAUAAUACGUGGUUUAUUACAAAAAGAUUUAACAAAACGACUUGGUAUGAUGUUCAAUGGUGUUAAUGAUAUAAAAAAACAUGCUUGGUUUCGUGAUAUUGACUGGUUACAGAUAUUUUUGAAAAAGCUUCGUGCACCUUGGGCACCAGAUACUCGUGCAAAUAAUUUUCCUGAUGCUGAAGAUGAAGAACCCGAACGUUCAUCGAUCAAUUUAUUUGAAAAAGAAUUUAACGAUUUUUAA